AUGUCACAAAAACCUAGCACAACCAAAUCAAAAUCAUUUGAUGAAACAGUAGGUAGUAUAUUACCAUCAUAUUUGAUGUAUACUCAAACUAUUGGAAUGAACGUGACAGUUCCGGAUGAAACAGAUAAUAGACCACCACCCAUAUAUUCAAACGAGGAAAUUGAAUGUUCAACUUCAGUAAAUAGUUAUCAAUUCUCAAAUUUACAAUCUGCUACUUCAUCAUUUACAAAUACUAUAAGUAAUGAAAGCAAUAUAGGGGCAAACUCUUCCGAUAAUAAUUCAUUAAUUGUUGCUAAUGAAAAUACAAAUUGGAGAGAAACAAUACUAGAUAAUGUACAUCAAUUGCCAAAUAUGACAUUUGUAAAUAACGAAUUAUCAAACUCCGUCAAAAUUGAAAUAUAUUAUACGAAAGAAAUUGGUGAGAUGAACAAGAAACCAGAUUUAAUCGAUCCUUCAAUAUAUGAAUAUACUCAAGGUGAUUUAUUAAAUGGUUAUAUAAUCAUUAAAAAUACAUCAAACAAACCUAUCCCUUUUGAAAUGUUUUAUCUUUUAUUUGAAGGUAAUUUUAUGGUAUUUAAUUCAAAAGAUUCUAAGGAUUUAACACCAGCUAAGUCAAAAAGAUUUUUGGAAAUGUUUGAUUUUUCAGGUAGUUGGAAUGAAGCACACAUUAAUAGAUUAGUUUCUCAAGAUGAAAAUCCAUAUUAUUGUACUAAAGGCGAAACAACUGAUCCAAUUGAUGGGACUUACUUAUAUUUUGGUUCAAAUAAAGUUAUACAACCAAAUAGAACAUACAAAAGGUUUUUUUCAUUCAAGAUUCCAAACAAUUUAUUAGAUUCUGAAUGCAAUGAACAUAAUUUAUCAAACCAUGUGGAAUUACCACCAACUAUUGGAAUAUCAAGAUGGGAAACUAAUCACUACCCCGAGAGAGAAUCUACAAAAUUAAGAGAUUUUUCUAUAAUAAACUCUUCAAUAAACUAUGGAGUUAUGGCCAGAUUCAUAGGGAGAAAAUCUACAUGGGAAGCAGAAUUUGGAAAAUUUGAAAUUCCUCGAAGUAAAGACACCACUAAAUUAGUAAAUUCAAAGGGAGAUGAAUAUAUUAUUUUAAAAGAAUUGACCAAUUUUGUUAGAGUUAUACCUGAAAGUAAAGUGCUUACAGAAAAUGAGAAGUUGAUGAAACAAGUUGAGAAUAAAUUACUUUAUGAAAAUUUUGUAAAGAGAGUUAAGGAGAAGAUUGAUGUUGGUAAACAAUUACUUGAAUCAAUUGAGGAUUCAAACUUUAAUGAUGCUAUAGAACUCAAUGAAUCUUUAACUCACCUAGAAAUUGAAGCUGCUAAAUUUACACAGUCUUAUAAACAAGCUGAUUCAAUAAGGGAUUUAAAAACCAAUAUUAAAAAUUUAGAAUAUUAUGAAUGUGCAUUACCAUUAGUUAAGAGAUCAAUAACGGGAGUUAAAAAUUUAGGUAUAUUGCUGAUCAAAACUCCAAAGCAAGAAUAUGCUAUAAAAUAUAUACCACCUCAAAGAUUUAGAGAUAGCUCAAUUGAUGAAUUAGCAUCUACUUGGAAACUAGAUAUACCUGUUGAUUUUUCAGUGCAAUUACCUUCAAAAGAUCCAUCACAUCCACCGACUAUAAAAAACAUCACUAGUGAAUUAGUAGUUCAUACAAUAAAAUCAAUGUCAAAACCAAUCCCAUUAGAAUUCAAUCAUGAGUUAAUGUAUUACAACCCUUCAACCAACACUAAAGGAUUUCAGGAUUUAGAUACUUUCCAUCACAAUAUAGUAAAACCAUUACAAGAUCAAUCAAAUACUUUGUACCAACUUUUGAAACAAUUGGGUACUUCAAAUUUCAAAAUAGAAAAACAACUAGUUGAUGACAUAAAAUCAAUAUGUCAAUUGGAUGAAAAAUGUAUGAACUUGGUAUGCAAUGAUGUGAAAAUAAAUAAUGAAAAUUACAACCCUAAAAACUCAUUAAAUUGGACCUACAACACCACUACAAAUUCAAUAAAUGCAUCAAUUAAUUUACAAAUCAACUUAGAUAAAUUAUCAUUAAAAGGUAUACCCAAUGGUAAUUCCAAUUUAAAAUCUUUUGAUAAAUUUAAUUUGGUACCUGAUUUUCAAAAUUGUUUUAUUGCUAGAUUUUAUCAUUUGAAACUAGUAUUUGAAUUGAGUAAUGGUGAUUGUGUUAGGUUUAAAGUUCCUGUUAAAAUUGACAAAUGA